UUUUAAAACACAUCUUUUUUUGGCUCACUCAAGCACACUCACACAAACACAUACAAACACAAACGCGUGCAAACAAAAAAGUUAAUGAAUACGUACUACCAAAGUUGCAGAUUUAAUAAAAUGACAAUACCAAAUAUUGGAGAACAGAUUCAAAAGAUUCACACAAAGACAACCGCUGAACAGGGCGUGCUUUGUUUAAACAAGGACAAAUGUCAAACGAAUGCUUUCCAAGCAGAAUGUAAAAAAGAUGACGCUGAUAAAAGCAGUAAAUACAAAAUAUCAGUCAUAAAAUCACUUUCAGCACUUGAAGAUUUUAUUCACGAUGAGAAAAAUGAACAAAAAAAAUUACCUUACGGUGGUCGUCCAUUACGAUUUCAAUGCACAAAAUGUUUAAGGCGUUUUCAUGCUCCUAGUCACCUUAAAAGACAUAUGUUAUGUCAUACAACAGAAAGGCCAUAUCAAUGCUAUAUCUGUAACAAAGGCUUUUUGCAAGCAUGGCAUUUGGGACGUCAUAUGACAACUCAUACCGGCAAUAAGCCAUUUUCGUGUCAAGAAUGUUCAAAAUCAUUUGGGAGUCGAUUUGAAAUGAAGACGCAUUACAAUUAUGUGCAUCAAGGAAUCAAAGACCAUAAGUGUGGUGUUUGCCAUAAAAUGUUUACCCUUAGAAGCAACCUAAAAGUUCAUAUGCGCAAACAUACUGGUGAAAAACCUUACGAAUGUAGUAUUUGUAUGAAACGAUUUGGGCAACGCGGUCACCUGCAGUAUCAUUUUAAGAAACACGCCUCAGCAACCUGUCUGUUUGAAGUUAGCAAAGGAAAUAAAGUUACUAGUCAAAGUUCUGACGUUGCAAAAUUGGUAUCACCACAAAAAAACAUGAUUGCAGAAAGAAUUUUAUCCAACAUACAAAAAGAUCAAAUCUAUAAAAGUAAAAUGGGAAAUGAAAAUACGCAAGAAAAAAGCUUUAAAGAAGAAAAUAAACAACCUGUGAGAAAUUGCAAACAAAAAAAAUACGUUAAUUCAUCUAACAAAAUAAAUGCUGUACCAUUGUCUGGGAGAAUUUUCGAUCACGUAAAUCCAUCUAGCGUUAAAGCUUUCGUUUGUGUGACUUGCAACUGUGGGUUUGGUGAAAUUAAUUCUUUAAAAGCACACGUUCGGCAUUCACAUCCAAAAAAAAAAAUAUUCCAAGGUAUGUUUGAAUGCGCACACUGCAACAAAAUCUUUUCGGAAAUACUUAAAUUACAAGACCAUUUUGAAACGGUUCAUUCUGUUUUAACCGCACCAAACAUAAGUGAAAGUGAAAGGUUUAGUCAAAUAAAUGCAGGAAUAAUAAAUAAAUAUCCAAAAGAGAUUGAGAUUGCGAAAGAAAAAUUUUCUCAACCAACGUCAACUAUUUUUUUCCCUUGUGAUUUGAAAUUUUUAAACAAAACGUCAUCUGUUUUAAACCCAAUAGAUCAAUCUUCAAAUCAUUUGAUUGGAAUCGAAAAAAAACGUGAACAUUUUAGUAACAGUAAAAUCUACUUUCAUCCACCUUUGAAUACCAACUUUAAACCUGCUUUGUAUUUUAACUCUUAUGACAGUAACAUGUAUAAUAGCAACGGCAGUAACAUAUACCUAAAUCACACGAACAUAAAGUUUUAAAGUAGCUCAAAUGACAAAUAUUAAACACUCUUCAAUUUUUAUAAACUAAUAAAAUAGCAAUACUCAAGACAUCAGUAUGUAGCCAUUACUGAUGUAUUAGACAUACAUCAGUAUAUAGCCAUUACUGAUGUAUUAGACAUACAUCAGUAUGUAGCCAUUAAGUUUUUUUUAAUAGGUUUUCUCCAUAGAACGAAAUUAUUUAAGAAAAUAUUCAUAUGAAGUA